CACACGCAACGUUCAUCAGUCUGAGGUAGAUUAUUUGUAAAGGUGACAGGAGGGGUGAGUAUUGGGAAUAAUGGCGUGUAUGAAAGGUUUAGGGUUGUGGCUCUUUAUUAUACUGACAGGUGUGAGUUACAGCUAUCCUACAAAGAAAGGUUCACAUGACGUACCUGCUAGUGGAUUUACAGACACAUCAGCUGCCUCAAGUCAAGCUUUCCAAAAUGCUCCACCUAAACAGGCUAGCUCCAUCCAAUAUGGUGCUCAGAUGAGGCCAACACCUGCUCUGUACAAUUCUAAUGCAUUUGUUGCACCUGUAUAUUUGGCAUAUGAUGGCAUCGCUCCAGACUCUACAAGUUUUCAUGUUUCUCCAAAUGAUGAUUACUGGGCAAUUCAACCUCCUGGUCCAUUUUCUGGUGGAACCUCAUUUCGAAAUCUAAGGCUUUCUUCAGGACCUGAAUCACUUGGUCUCAGCUAUGCAAGGCAAUCGGUCCCCGUUCAGUCACCUUUCCGGCCAGGUGAAUCAUCCUUUGUGGAGAAGGUCUACGAUCACGGCAACUACAAUUCCCAAACCGAAGACCAAGGCUUUCCCUUCCCAUAUGGUCCUGUUCGAGCUCCCACUAGAUACCCAGCGCAGCGACAAACAAUGACCCACAAGAGAAAAAUGGCAAUUACCUCUAGAAAGAUGUCCACUUCACACACCUGUCACAACACUGAUGAGCUCAUCGCAAAAGGCCGGCAGAGAGGGACAAAAGCGAUGGAGUGCUCCCUCAGUGACCCUUCAGCUUUCAUAGUCUCCCAUCUUUUUCAGCUCAACUAUUAA